GUAAUGGCUGCUGCUCUCAUGCCGCCGAUCUGAAACAUUACUAUGAAUUUAAGAUGAUUUUUCAGCGAUUUCCACCACUUAUUAUUGACCAAACCUGCUGAGAUCAAAAGUGACAUAACGAGAUACGGACGGCAGAAUGACGUCCAUCAUCAAGCUGACGGCCCUUUCCGGAGUCCAGGAGGAAUCGGCUCUAUGUUACCUGUUACAGGUAGACGAGUUCCGAUUCCUGCUCGAUUGCGGCUGGGAUGAAAGUUUCUCCAUGGACAUCAUAGAUUCCCUGAAGCGGUAUGUCCAUCAGGUGGAUGCAGUGCUGCUCUCUCACCCCGAUCAUCUGCAUUUGGGAGCUUUACCGUACGCUGUGGGUAAACUAGGGCUCAACUGCACCAUUUAUGCCACCAUCCCUGUCUACAAGAUGGGCCAGAUGUUCAUGUACGAUCUCUAUCAGUCUCGACACAACACAGAAGAUUUCUCUCUGUUCACACUGGAUGACGUCGAUUCAGCUUUUGACAAAAUCCAGCAGCUGAAAUACUCUCAGAUCGUCAACCUGAAAGGAAAAGGUCACGGUCUGUCCAUCACCCCACUUCCUGCGGGUCACAUGAUCGGUGGCACUAUAUGGAAAAUAGUGAAGGACGGAGAGGAAGAGAUCAUCUAUGCUGUGGAUUUCAACCACAAGAGGGAGAUUCAUCUGAACGGCUGCUCUCUGGAGACCAUCAGCAGGCCGUCUCUCCUCAUCACAGAUUCCUUCAACGCCUCGUAUGUGCAGCCUCGCAGGAAACAACGUGAUGAGCAACUGCUGACCAAUGUCAUGGAGACUCUCCGUGGCGAUGGUAAUGUGCUGAUCGCUGUGGAUACGGCGGGACGAGUGCUGGAACUGGCUCAGCUCCUGGAUCAGAUCUGGAGGACCAAAGAUGCAGGAUUGGGCGUUUACUCGCUCGCCCUGCUCAACAACGUCAGCUACAACGUGGUGGAGUUCUCAAAGUCUCAGGUCGAGUGGAUGAGCGAUAAACUGAUGCGAUGCUUCGAGGACAAGCGGAACAACCCUUUCCAGUUCCGCCACCUCUCGCUCUGUCACAGCCUGGCCGAUCUGGCCCGCGUGCCCAGCCCGAAGGUGGUUCUGUGCAGCCAGCCCGAUCUAGAGUCCGGCUUCUCACGGGAGCUCUUCAUACAGUGGUGCCAGGACACCAAGAACUCUGUCAUCCUCACCUACAGGACCACACCAGGAACGCUGUCCCGCUACCUCAUAGACAACCCAGGGGAGAAGAGGAUCGACCUGGAGAUAAGAAAACGUUGUCGACUGGAAGGACGAGAACUAGAGGAAUACAUGGAGAAAGAGAAAAUGAAGAAAGAAGCUGCCAAAAAACUGGAGCAGGCGAAAGAGGUGGACAUGGACUCGAGCGAUGAGAGCGAUAUGGAGGACGAUCUGGAGCAGCCGGCGGUGGUGAAGACCAAACAUCACGACCUGAUGAUGAAGGGCGAGGGCGGGAGGAAGGGCAGCUUCUUCAAACAGGCCAAAAAGUCCUACCCCAUGUUUCCUACACACGAGGAGCGGAUCAAAUGGGACGAGUAUGGAGAAAUCAUCAGGCCUGAGGAGUUUCUGGUUCCUGAGCUCCAGGCCACAGAAGAGGAGAAGAGCAAACUGGAGUCUGGACUGACAAACGGAGAGGAGCCGAUGGAGCAGGACCUGUCCGACGUCCCCACCAAAUGCACCAGCACCACACAAACACUAGAGAUCAGAGCUCGAGUCACAUACAUCGAUUAUGAGGGCCGUUCUGACGGGGACUCUAUUAAGAAGAUCAUAAACCAGAUGAAACCCAGACAGCUAAUCAUCGUUCACGGACCGCCUGAGGCCAGUCAGGACCUGGCCGAUUCCUGCAAGGCCUUCAGCGGGAAAGACAUCAAAGUUUACACGCCAAAACUGCAGGAGACGGUGGACGCCACCAGUGAGACCCACAUUUACCAGGUCAGGCUGAAGGACUCGUUGGUCAGUUCGCUGCAGUUCUGUAAAGCCAAAGACACAGAGCUGGCCUGGAUCGAUGGCGUUCUGGACAUGCGUGUGGAGAAAGUGGACACUGGUGUCAUCCCAGAGAUGGGAGACGCCAAAGAGGAGACAGAGGACGGAGAACCGGCCAUGGACGUCACACCGGAGCUGACGACUGAGCCCAGCGCCGUGGCUAACCAGCGGGCCAUGAAGACUUUGUUUGGAGAGGACGACAGGGAGAUUUCAGAGGAGAGCGACGUCAUUCCCACGUUGGAGCCACUGCCUGCUAAUGAGGUCCCGGGUCAUCAGUCUGUGUUCAUCAACGAGCCUCGCCUGUCGGACUUCAAGCAGGUUUUGCUGCGCGAAGGGAUCCAGGCGGAGUUUGUGGGCGGAGUUCUGGUGUGUAAUAAUCUGGUGGCUGUCAGGAGGACUGAAGCGGGCCGCAUCUGUCUGGAAGGCUGCCAUUGUGAUGACUACUACAGGAUUCGUGAGCUGUUGUAUCAGCAGUACGCUGUAGUUUAGCUCUUCUGUGCUGAACGGAUCUCAAUCAGCUCCAGCGCCUCCUUUCAUUUCCUUUCCUUUUGUAGGUUUUGAGUUGUGUAUAUUUUAUUAUUGUUUCCCCCCACGUUUACAUGGCAGAUGUUCUCUCUGAAAGCAACCCAGAAUGAGAGCAUCUGUCUGGACUGAAGAAGAAUUGUUGCUACAAUGCUUUUGUUCCGAACUGCUGGAUGCAAAGAAACGUUUAAGCCUUUUUUUACCCCUUAUUUUGCUCAGAUAAACCUCAGUUUUCAUA